AUGCCCGGAAGUGGAGACUUCGGUAAGAAGAAAGAUGAUAAGAAAAAAGAGAAACCAAAGUAUGAACCCCCGGUGGAAUCCAACUUCGGCAAGAAAAGAAGAAAAGGUCCAGACACUGCUGUGAAAUUGCCAAGCGUAUAUCCAACUACACGUUGCAAGUUGAAGCUAUUGAAGUUGGAAAGAAUCAAGGAUCACUUAUUGUUGGAAGAAGAAUUCAUCUCGAACCAAGAGGCUUUUCAACCAACUGAAGCAAAGCAAGCAGAAGAGAGAGAGAAAGUGGAUGAGUUGAGAGGCUACCCUAUGUCUAUCGGCACAUUAGAAGAAAUCAUUGACGAUGACCACGGUAUUGUGUCCACCACAGCAGGUUCUGAGUACUAUGUCUCGAUAAUGUCAUUUGUUGACAAAGGGUUGUUGGAGCCAGGUUGCUCCGUUCUUUUGCACCAUAAGUCGGUGGCUAUUGUUGGUGUUCUACAAGAUGACGCCGACCCAAUGGUGUCGGUGAUGAAAUUAGACAAAUCCCCAACAGAAUCAUAUGCGGACAUUGGCGGUUUGGAAUCACAAAUUCAAGAAAUCAAAGAGUCUGUGGAAUUGCCAUUGAUUCAUCCAGAGUUGUACGAAGAAAUGGGAAUCAAACCACCAAAGGGUGUUAUAUUGUAUGGUGCCCCAGGUACAGGUAAGACCUUGUUAGCCAAAGCUGUCGCCAAUCAGACAAGCGCCACCUUUUUGAGGAUCGUGGGAUCUGAAUUGAUUCAGAAAUAUCUCGGUGAUGGACCUAGAUUAUGCAGACAAAUUUUUCAAAUUGCAGGUGAGUUAGCUCCUUCAAUUGUGUUUAUUGACGAAAUCGAUGCUAUUGGAACGAAAAGAUAUGACUCUACGUCGGGUGGCGAGAGAGAAAUCCAAAGAACCAUGUUAGAAUUGUUGAACCAGUUGGAUGGUUUUGACGAUAGAGGUGAUAUCAAAGUGAUCAUGGCUACGAAUAAAAUUGAAUCUUUGGACCCAGCAUUGAUUAGACCGGGCCGAAUUGACAGAAAGAUUUUGUUUGAAAACCCUGAUUCGAACACAAAAAAGAAGAUUUUGUCCAUUCACACCUCCAAGAUGAACUUAGCUAGCGAUGUGAACUUAGAUGAAUUAGUCACUUCGAAAGAUGAUUUGUCAGGAGCAGACAUCAAGGCAUUGUGUACAGAAGCAGGUUUGUUGGCAUUGAGAGAGCGGAGAAUGCAAGUGAAGGCCGAAGACUUCAAAACGGCAAAAGAAAGGGUUCUCAAGAACAAGGUGGAGGAGAACCUUGAGGGAUUAUACUUGUAA